CAAAAGUGAUAACGCAUCAACAUCUGACGUGGCCGCAAUCAUGACACAAUUAUUUAAUUCUGUUUAACACCAUAACUACAAUAUCAAAAUUGUUACACUUCUACACUUCUGCACGGAUGUUAAGAUUACACCAACAACGAUACGUAAACCGGUUGUGUUUUAACAAGUCUGUGCAAAAUUAUAGAAAUGAUCACGACGGUACAGGAUAACCAACGAAGAAGCCAUGCGAAUAAAUGGAUUUCACGAAUAGCACUUGGGACGUUUUUAUUACUUAUACUUCUAAACUUGCCGACUCUUUGUCAAGCUCAUUACCAUGACGAGUCACCAAGUUUUAAGUAUUCCAAGGAAGCUAAUGAAAUGUACUUAGAAAAACAACAUUCUAUAUAUCAUAAUGAAAUUAUACAUCAACAUAAACAUGAAGAUGAUAACUAUGACCAUCAGCAGAAAUCAGUUUUGUCUGACAGGACUUACAACGAAGUGAUUUUCAGAGCUACUGCAUCUACCUUAAUUAUAUCAGCAGCACCCUUCCUUAUUUUGUUCUUUGUACCUCUAGAUAAUACUAAAGAAAGUGAACCACUGUUAAAGAUAUUAUUAAGUUUUGCAUCUGGUGGUUUAUUAGGAGAUGCAUUUUUACAUUUAAUUCCUCAUGCUUUGGUUCCUCAUACACAUCUGUCUUCCGAAGAAGUACAUUCGCAUUCACAUUCUCACAACCAAGGUGAUGAAGAAUCAGAACAUGGACAUGAUAUGUCUGUUGGUUUAAGUGUAUUAUUAGGUAUCAUUAUGUUUUUAAUUGUUGAAAAAGCGGUGAGAAUUAUUAAAACAGACCAUGGUCACAUACAUGUACAUAAUGUCACAGAAAACCUGCCAAAAAAAAAUAAAAAUGAUAAGAAAUUACAGAAAGGUUCUGAUAAAUCUGAUGUAGACUUUAAAGAAAAAGUAGACAAUUCUGAGAAUGAAAUAAAAAUUGCUGGUUAUUUAAAUUUAGUUGCCGAUUUUUUACACAAUUUCACAGAUGGUCUUGCUAUUGGAGCUAGCUAUUUAGCUGGUAAAAAUAUUGGCUAUAUUACCACAUUUACAAUUUUGUUACAUGAGGUACCUCAUGAAAUAGGAGACUUUGCUAUUUUAAUACAAAGUGGUUAUAGUAAAAGAAAAGCCAUGAUGCUUCAACUUACAACUGCUAUAGGUGCUUUAUUAGGAACUUAUGUAUCGUUACUUGCAGAAGGCAUGGGUAAGAGUGAUCUUGCAACUAUGUGGAUUCUUCCAUUCACAGCUGGUGGAUUUAUUUAUAUAGCUACUGUUUCUGUAAUACCAGAACUUUUAAUAGAUACUAAUUUUAGGCAAUCUGUAAAAGAAAUUAUUGCGCUUCUCUUAGGUGUAUAUAUGAUGGUACUUAUAGCAGAGUAUGAAUAGUUUUAUAUAAAAUUUUUUUAACAACACAUUCUGAUCACUUAAUAAGAGUUCAUUUAACUGCUAUAAUAAGAAUUCAAAAUUAGAGUUUAUAUUUUUACAACAUUCUAAUUGUAUUGUUUAAUGAAUGCUAGUGAGUAUUCUAAUAUGUUGUAUAACAUGAAUACCAGUGAAAACAAUACUGUAUAAUUAUCAUAAAUAUUAGCAUUAUGGAAAAAAAUUGGUACAUUUUAGGUAUCAUUCACGUUACAGAUAAAAAUAGGAAGAUCGUAAAAAGGCGCGUUAUUAAAAUAUACUGAAACACUGAAAUAAUUUAUUACUAGUUUCAUAAGAAAUAAUAAACAUACAAUCACCCGUUACACAUUCAAUAUAUUUUUCUCAAACGUAUUACAUGUUUAUUUCUAUAAACCAUUUUAUGUUUAAUUAUUGGCAACGAUGUUUUUUACGAAAAUUGUGUUAGAACUUCAUUUAUAUUGUGAAAAGAUAUAUUUUUUACACGUUACAUUUAUUUAUUUUUUUAUAGAUAUUGCUUACACAUAUAUAGACAUGUAACUACUGUAAAUGAAAAUAAACAUUAUAUGUUUUCUAUAUGUAUACAUAAAAACAUAUUCUCUAUAUAAUUACAAGAAUCAUAAUUUCAAUUUCAAUUAAAAUAUUAUACAUUUUUCUGUAGUUAUAUCAGUUUUUGUAUAUUACAAAAAGAAUUUUCUAAUUUUAUCUAAACACAAUGUAAAAAUUCAUAAAAUUAUAUGCAAAUUUGUUUUGUUAGAGUCAAUAAUCUUUAUAUAUGAUAUAGAACUAUCUUUCUUUCCACCAAUUAAUUUUUAAAUAAAACAUGGAUAUAUAACUAAUAUGUUAUAAAUAUGUAUAAUAUGUUUAAUAAUUUUUCACUGUAUACAUUUUCAAUUUAAUAUUUACAUUUAUAUUACAAUAUUAAACUUUCUAUUUGUUCAAGACAUUUUUUAGCUUCUACUACAGUUUCAUUGUCAUUUCUAGCUUUCGCUAAAUCUUCUCCCUUACUACAAUUUUUUUUUGCUUCUUCAUAAAGUCCUUUUGAAAUAAAUGCAUGUCCUAAGUUGACAUGAAUGAAACCUAAUUCAACCAUAUCUGGUAACUUGCUCCCUAAAAAUAUAAUAAUCUAAUUUGGAGCAAUUCAAAUAUAAUGAUAUUUGUAUUGAUAUUACCUAUUUCUGCAGCUUUAGAUAAAUAUUUAAUAGUUUCAUCAUAUUUUUGUAGUAUAUAACAGACACUUGCUAAGUUAUUUAAUAGAAUAACAGUUUGCUCAUUUUCUUCACCAUUUAUUUUUAUGGAUAUAUCAUAAGCUUUAGUAAAGUAUUCAAGAGCAUUAUUAUACUGCGAUUGCGAGAAAAGCAUAGAUGCAUAUUUUUCUAAAUUUAAGCCUAACAAUUGUAAUACAUCUAGAUUUUCACUGUCUUUAGCUAAAUGAUUUUGUAAAUGUUGUAAACAAAAUUUGUAACCAUUGUCUGCUUUUCUAUAUUAACAGAAUAAAAUAUUUUAUUGUUUUAAAUUA